CUUAUACUUAUUUCAACUAUUAUUUAAUACCUUUUCUAGUAUGAGCUUGACACCUAUUACCUCUCCACAAGUUAACGCAACCUGGUUCGUAGGCGGCAAUUACAAUGUCACAUGGGAUUCAACUUUCCCCAUAUUCAAUGAUUCUUACUGCAGCUAUAUACGGGGUGAUCUCGAUAUUGAAAUAACAAAAAAGUAUAUUUCAAAUGCAACAGAGACAGCGGUAUUCAAACAUAUGGGUAUAAAGAUCGCAUCAGAGUCAUUUAAUCUUGAUGUCAAGGAAGAUACUUGGAACGUCUCUAUUUCCACCUACAAAGACUUUGUUUACAAUUUAUAUCUUAUCCCUGGAGGAUUUGUAUCAAGUGAAUCUUACGAUCGUACCAAAAAGAGCGAUUAUGAGGAAACAUGUAGUCCUCAUGUUACAAUUUCUGUAUUACUUGCAAGCCCAGAACCUUCUUCUAGUUCUGCUGUGUCUGCACAAUCUUCUACUAUCAAAACUCUCGCUACUUCUUCUGGUACUCUGCCUUCAGCAUCCCCUUCAAGUGAAAGCGCGACUUUAGGAAAGAAGUCAUUAAACACAUUUGCUCAUACUGCCAUAGCUGUAUUCAUUGCAUUAGCCAUUAUUGCCUAAUAUGACGUUAUUAGUACGUAUUUGAUAUGUGGCGACAGCAAUUUAUUUUGGCAAGGGCUUGCUAUUUAUGAAUGUACCAUUUUACUAUGAUAUUUAAAUAAAAAUUAUAAAUGGUCUACUUUAUUAGUACUAUAACUCAAA